ACAAAAAUGGCGGCGCCAUUAACCCUCCUGCUUAUAGUGGCUGUUACAAUAAGAGCCGUAUUAUUCCGAUCCAGUCUGGCGGAAUUAAUUGUAGAGAGGGUCGAGGUGGUGUCGCCUUUGAAUGCGUGGAAACGAGUUGUAGAGGGUCUUGCCUUGUUGGAUCUGGGGGUCUCGCCUUACUCAGGAGAUGUGUUUCAUGAAACACCCCUUAUGAUAUACCUCUUUCAUUUUAUGGUCGACUAUGCAGAGAUUGUUUUUAUGAUAGCAGAUGGAAUCACGGCAGUGGCUCUUUAUCUGUCAAUUCAGACUUAUAACAAGAAUGUGUUUAGAAAACAGAAGUAUGCCUUGGAAUCGGACCGGUAUCCCGCCGACUGUUUGGAGCUCCUCCGCUCUCCCAAGGAAAUGUUCUACAUCCCCCUCAAGGUUGCCAUGUUUUAUCUGUUAAAUCCCUUCACCAUCCUGUCUUGUGUGGCAAAGUCAACUUGUGGGCUGAACAAUGCCAUUAUUGCGCUCUUCAUUCUCUGUACAUUAAAAGGUAGUGCCUUGUUGAGUGGCAUAUUGUUGGCCUUGGCCACAUAUCAGUCCAUCUAUCCUCUGACCCUGUUUGCUCCGGCACUCCUAUUCUUCCUGCAGAGGUUAUAUAUCCCAGUGAACCUGAGGAGGAGUAGUUUCUGGUUCUUCACUCUUCAGUAUGCGUUCAUAUAUGUAGGCAGUCUGGUGGUGAUCACUGGACUCUCUUUCUUCCUCCUGGGCUCCUGGGACUUCAUCCCUUCUGUCUAUGGAUUCAUAUUUUCUGUCCCAGACCUGACUCCAAACAUCGGACUCUUCUGGUACUUCUUUGCUGAGAUGUUUGAACAUUUCCGUCUCUUCUUCAUCUGCGUCUUUCAGAUCAAUGUCUUUUUUUACACCAUCCCGCUCUCCAUCAAACUCAAGGAGCAUCCAGUGUUCCUCAUCUUCAUGCAGAUUGCCAAUAACUUAGAGGACAGACCGUACCCUACUGUGGGAGAUGUCGCCCUCUACAUGGCAUUUUUGCCGGCCUGGAGUCACCUUUAUCGAUUUUUGAGAAACAUCUUUCUGGUGUCAUGUGUGCUGUUGGCGUGCUCCGCGCUCUUUCCUGUACUCUGGCAUCUGUGGAUAUACGCUGGCAGUGCCAACUCUAAUUUCUACUAUGCCAUCACAUUGCUCUUCAACUUUGGACAGAUCCUCCUGGUGUCAGAUUAUUUCUACGCCUACCUGCGUCGAGAACAUCACCUGACCCACGGCCUCUAUCUGAAAAAGAAAGACGGCACUGAAGCCACUCUAGUGUUAAAGUGACCUUCUUUCACUGGUCUUAGAGAUCUCACCGACUGCCUCACACUCUCAUACUCUAAUAACUUUCCACACUACAUUUUUCCCCCGGUUCUUUUACUCUCUCAGCUCAGUUUGCCUCUCCUUUUUUUUUUUCAAAACCUGUUACUUUCUUUUGCACAUUUGAGCGUUUUACCUCAUGUUUGAAUGUUGACACCCCCUCUUGGACCAAAGCUGUUUUGUAAAAGACUUUUUGAUAAUGGCGGCCGACUGAAGGUAUCUGAGUGAUACAGAACUUUACUGUUUUGGCUCACAUGAGGUGGGUACAAAGUUAUUUUCACUUUUGAUUUGCUUGUCUUUCUUUGUUUCUAAGGAUUUAUUUUCUUUAUUAAAGUCCAUUCAAAAAGUGAGGUUGUUUGGUUGGACGUGCGGUUUGAAGUCGUGGUCAGCAGAGGGCAUAACAUGAGUGUGGAGUGAUCACACAAACGUUGACUUCAGAGGGCCAAAACUGUGGACAUUUUAUUGGAGAGUCUGACAUGAAGAGGUGGUUUUGUUCAAAUGUUCUUUGAAUGCUUUUCUUGGUUUGACUCAUUAACCAAAAAAAUUUUUUUUGACCUUUUAAUAAUGCAAGAGGCAUAAGAGUUGCUCAAAUAUUCAGAUUUGGUACUUUUUGUACAACAGUUUUGUUUGUUUUGUUUAUGUUCUUACAAAAUGAGGGAUUAAACUGCACUGCAAUUGUAUUGAUUUUUAAAUGAGCUCUGGUUUGAAUUGGGUUUGUUGUUCUGUAGGAUUCCCUAUUAACCGCCUGGAUUUACUUUGAUCCGUGCUUUUGAUAUAACACCAGAGCAUGUGAACCUAUCGACCGCGCACCUGUAUAACCCCUCCUUUUUGUGGUUAGACCUUCCUUGUAGUUCUUAGAUGAUGGAAUUUUCCAUUGCUUGUAUUGUUUCCAGACUUUUAUAAUAAUCAGCUCUUUGGCCAGGUAGGAAGACGUAAACAUUCGGUUGGCUUUGAUUAUGAGGUCAGCUGUUUCAAAGUCUAGUGUGUGUAAAUCAUCUCUGAAGUCAUAACGAUGUAGAUGCUGAAGGUUUACAAACAACUGCUUGCCAUUUUAUUUCCACAUGAAAUGACAUAACUUAUCAUACCUGAUGUUGACCUUCAAUGACAUUUAUAACUCUUAAACAAAUUAAUUAGUAACAAUUAAAGUAUCCUGAUUUUGAGUAAAAACAAGGAAAAUUAAGAUAAAGACUUUUCACAGAAUGAAUAUUCAGUUAAGUUUGCUUCUCUUACCACAUUAUUUUGUUUAUAUAAACAAACAUCGGUAAUGUAAGAAAAAUAACUUAAAAGUUUUAUAUCUUGUUCAAUUUUAAAAUAAAUGUAUGUUGUUUUGACGCUGUUUAGAUAUUGUUACUGGGCAACAAGACAGACUGAUUAAGACAACUUUUUUUUUUUUUUUUGGUGGUGGUGGUAUAAUACAGCAUUUUGACUGAAACUACUGACUUUGACCAUUUUGAGCAGUUGUACUAGCCAGUACCAAAUUUUUUUUUCUUUCAGUCCUCAUGGUGAUUAUUAAUUGUGUUCUUUUAAAUUCAUUUCUCUACUCCAUUUUACCUUGGAUGAACAACAGACUUAAAGGGAUAGUUCACCCAAAAAUUUUAAUUCUGGCAUUAAUUGCU